CCAACUUCUCUUUUUUAUUUAGAGGAACAAACAUAGUAAACUAGUCUUUGCUCUAAAACAAGGUUACCUAUAACAACAGCUAUUGGUUUGUAUGACUUAUGUUGGAGCUAUGUUGAAUUUCAUUUCGAUCAGGGUGAAAAGGACUACUUUUUCUCAUCGCAUAUUUUAGAUUAUUAGUCGUGCUACUUAUCUGAUACAACAGCAGCUCUGCUUAUUUGAAGAGGAGCAGCUGUUGCCCAUCUGGUGAGGAAGUGUUUCCCUUGCUUUAACAAUGUUUUGCUUUUGCUAGGAAGCCAUCAUCUAUCUCAUUUUUAACUUUUAGAUGGUCAUCCUUGGCAAAACUAAAUUACUUCCCUAUGCACGACCCUCUCACUUUAUCUACUCUGUAACAUGAUUGAACACAUAUAUGAUGGGUGAUUGUUUCCUUUCAGAGCCUCCAUACAUGCUUUCCUAUUACUUUAUGGUUCUCAUAUUUUGAAGGCAGAACAGUCUCACAAAUCAAAUAAAUCUCUUCAUGGUUGACAACAGGUGAACUCUCUUUUCCAGUCACAUGUUAAACAAAAGAGAUGGAAUGAGUACAUUCCUUAUAUCCACCAACAUCCAUCUUUUCUAUUGCAUUCUGUAGUCUGAAUGCAAGGCAGGGAUUCACCCCAUGCAUGAAGUAAAAGCAUGAUGCGGUCCCCGGUAGUAAAGGUAAAUGAGGAUAGAGCUGUAAAUAUCUCCCUUCUUGAGUUACUGCAUGUUAUGUUAUCUCUCUGCUAGCUGGUUGUAAUCUCCUCCUCACCAUCAUUCAUCUCAUCAUCAUCAUCUUCUGUUUCCUUUGAUGUAGUUUCUGCAGUGACUUGGAGAAGUGAAUUUAUUAUUUCCAUAUUUUUGGUGAUAACCACUAGGGAUUCAUAGUUGGACAAAGGGCUUCAAAAGCUAUUCUUUGCCGGUAUUUAAUUCCUAUCAACAGCUUUUUGACCUUGCAAUGCUGCAUCAUUAGGAUCCAGCAAUAGGGCUUCAAAAGCUAUUCUUUGCCAAGAUAGGACCCCACAUUGCUCCUAAAUCAUUAAAUUUCACAUCAGAACAACUUACAUCCAUGCAUUAGUUACCUACCGACCACUUUUUUUCUUGAUGAUUAAGCCUUAAAGACUGAAUACAGAGGCUAUGUGGCAUAUUAAUUCCCUAAUUCUACAACCAAACUGGCUUCAUGAGCAUUCAUGCUAUGCGCACUGCAUGACAAAUGCAUCUAGCUGCACUGUACCUGAAAUGAUCUGAAAAUCUUUAAACACCUGAGAAAAAUUCAAGCCCGUUCUCCCUAUCUGAACAAAGGUUAGACACCAACUACCUAGCAAAGCCCUUAUUUGUCACAAGGCCUUCUUGAAAACAAAUAAACUUUACGAGCAGAAAAGAAUGGUGACCAAUUUUAUACUAAUGAAUACUUUGACAGUGUUUUUGUGAGUGAUGAUGCUUACAUGAAACAGUUGAUGCAUGGUGAUUUCUCUUUUCAUGAUGUGGAAUUGCAGCUCUUAGCUGACACCCUGCUGAUUUCUCUACUUCAGCCAGCAGUGUAGGAUGAGGAGGGUGUUCUCGAAAAUUUAUCCAUGAAGAGGGGCUUUCACCAAGAGGAGGGUGUUCUGAUCCGACGGCCCGUUGGAUCCGCUUUUAAUACACUCGAGAGCUUUAGCUUUUCUUUUCAAAAAGAAGAGAAAGGAAGAAAGAGAACCCGAAAGCCGAGAGGCACCACCACUUCAAUAACAUUCAUUCCUGUGAAACUCUUCUUGCAGUUCCGUUGUUUCUCUUUUCCUUCUACUCUCACAAAUAAAAGGAUAAGAACAUCCGAAGAACCUAACCGCUCUUCUCCCCCACAAGGCUCACCAUGGCUCUCUUCCUCUCCUCUCUCCUCCUCCUCGUCCUCCUCUUCCUCUUAUCUCCUUCCUCUGCUUCUCCCACCAAUUCCCUGAGUUUAUCUCUAAGGAAGCAAGCCUCUAUCUUGGUUGCCCUCAAGCAGUCUUUAUACACCUCAGACCACUUACUCCAGAGCUGGAACAUGUCAAGCCAUGCAGCCCUUUGCUCAUGGGCUUGUGUCCGAUGCGACGACACCAAGCGUUUGGUAGUCGAGGUUAAUAUAUCCAACUCGAACAUCUCUGGUUUCAUCUCCCCAGAAAUAGCCCAGCUCGGGAGCCUUAGAUACCUUUCAGUCGCCGGAAACAGUCUCUUGGGUGAGUUCCCACCUAUCAUCACUAAGCUCUCGGGCCUUCGACAUCUCAACAUCUCGGACAACCAGUUUAAUGGUACCUUGGCGUGGAACUUCUCUACAAUGGUGGAGCUCGAAGUGUUUGAUGCUUACAACAACGACUUCUUCGGGUCUCUUCCUCUUGGCCUUUCAAUGCUACCCAAGCUUCAACACCUGGACCUUGGCGGGAAUUACUUCUCAGGAGCCAUCCCGGCGAGCUAUGGCGAUUUCAAGGCGCUGAGCUAUCUCUCGCUCGCCGGAAAUAAUCUGAGCGGGUCCAUACCGGCCGAGCUUGGCAACCUCAGCAGUCUAAUGCAGCUCUACUUGGGUUACUACAACGAGUUUGAUGGCGGCAUCCCGGCCGAGCUCGGGAAUUUGGCAAGCCUAGUCCAUCUUGACCUAUCAAGCUGCGGCUUGGAGGGCGAGAUCCCACCCCAGUUGGGCAAUCUAGAGAAGCUGGACACUCUCUUCCUGCAUGCUAAUCAGCUCGGUGGCACCAUUCCUCCCCACUUAGGCAACUUGAGCAGUUUGAGAUACCUCGACGUCUCGAACAAUGCUCUCACCGGCGAGAUCCCAAAAGAGUUCUCCAAGCUCCGGGAACUCGUCUUGCUGCAUAUGUUCUUUAACCGGUUUCAUGGCGAGAUUCCAGAGCUCAUUGCUGAGCUGCCGAAUCUGGAGGCCUUAAUGCUCUGGCAGAACAACUUCACCGGGGCAAUCCCGCCUGAGCUCGGGCGGAAUGGCAAGCUCCGAGAGCUUGAUCUGUCAACUAACAAGCUCACCGGAUUAGUCCCAAAAGCUCUCUGCUUCGGUCGGAGGCUGGAGAUACUAAUCUUGCUCAACAACUUCCUCUUUGGUCCCUUACCAGAUGAUCUCGGAGAAUGCUCGACACUCUCGAGGGUUCGAAUGGGUCAGAACUACUUGAGCGGGUCCAUUCCCCGGGGAAUUCUCUACUUACCGGAGCUGUCGCUGAUGGAAUUGCAGAAUAAUUAUCUCACUGGAGUAAUAGCAGAGGAGCCAACAAGGAAGCCCGGGAAGCUAGGCCAGCUCAACCUCUCAAACAACAGGUUGUUCGGGCCUCUGCCGUCAUCGAUCGGAAACUUCUCUGCAUUGGAGAUUCUUCUUCUUGGAGGCAACCAGUUCACCGGGCCGAUGCCGCCUCAGAUAGGCCUACUGAAGCACAUGCUGAAGAUGGAUAUGAGCAGGAACAACUUCUCUGGUAGAAUUCCCCCCGAGAUAGGUGAUUGCCUCUUGCUCACAUACUUGGAUUUGAGCCAGAACCAGCUCACCGGACCGAUCCCAGCUCAAGUCUCUCAAAUUCGCAUACUGAAUUACCUCAAUGUCUCAUGGAACCACUUGAACCAGAGUAUUCCGAAGGAGAUCGGAGGCUUGAAGAGUCUAACUUCGGCCGACUUCUCGCACAAUGAUCUCUCCGGUAGAAUACCGGAGACCGGGCAGUUCGCUUAUUUCAAUGCCUCAUCUUUUCUUGCCAAUCCUCAACUCUGUGGGUCCGUUUCAAAUCCAUGCAACUUCUCAUCGAUGUCGCAGUUCCAACCAGACCAACAGCAUGGUGCCAAAACCCAACUCCCGGGAAAAUUUAAGCUCCUCUUUGCACUAGGCCUCUUAACCUGUUCUAUUGUUUUUGCCACGACAGUUGUCAUGAAGACCCGGUCGAUGAUGAGGAGGAACUCGAAGUCAUGGAAGCUCACAGCAUUCCAAAAGUUAGAAUUUGGGAGUGAAGACAUCGUAGAAUGCCUCAAAGAGAACUGCAUUAUAGGUAGAGGAGGAGCUGGAAUUGUCUACAGAGGAACCAUGCCGAAUGGGGAGCAGGUUGCAGUGAAGCGGUUGCUGGGGAUGAGCAAAGGGUCUUCGCAUGAUAAUGGAUUCUCUGCAGAGAUACAGACUUUGGGUAAGAUAAGACAUCGGUAUAUCGUCCGGUUGCUCGCAUUCUGUUCUAAUAAGGAGACUAAUUUGCUCGUCUAUGAGUACAUGCCGAAUGGAAGCCUGGGAGAAGUACUUCAUGGGAAGAGAGGAGGGUACCUCAAUUGGCAAAUUAGGCUGAGGAUUGCAACUGAGGCAGCCAAGGGAUUAUGCUACCUGCACCAUGAUUGCUGUCCUCCCAUACUUCACAGGGAUGUCAAAUCCAAUAACAUCUUAUUGGAUGAAGACUUUGAAGCUCAUGUUGCGGACUUCGGCCUAGCCAAGUAUCUGAGGGACACCGGAGUCUCCGAAUGCAUGUCAGCCAUUGCUGGUUCUUAUGGCUACAUUGCUCCGGAGUAUGCAUACACUCUGAGGGUUGAUGAGAAGAGCGAUGUUUACAGCUUCGGAGUUGUUCUCUUAGAGCUGAUCACCGGUAGGAAACCAGUGGGGGACUUUGGAGAGGAAGGACUAGACAUUGUCCAGUGGGCAAGGAUGAACACAAAUUGGAGCAAAGAAGGGGUGGUGAAGAUUUUAGACCCAAGGCUGAUCAAUGUUCCAUUGGAAGAGGCCAUGCAGGUGUUCUUCGUGGGGAUGCUCUGCGUCCAAGAGCAGAGCGUCGAGCGGCCCACCAUGAGAGAGGUUGUUCAGAUGCUUGAACAGACGAAGCACUCAUACAGGAUCCGGACACGCUGAUCUUCUUCCAUGCCUUAAAAUCGCUGCAGUUUAAUUUGCAGAGAGCUUUUCUGCUGGUGCAUGGUGGGUGUUAUAAUGGGGAGGAAUCCUCUGGCUGAUGGGGGUGUCGUUUAUCAAAUUAUAUGUACUAGUGCAUGUGAUGGGUCCAGUAUGUGCAUACUUUGUCCCGCUAAUUUUAUAUGAAACUUGUUAGAUGUCCUUAUUGUUGGCCAGUUUGGCAGCAGCUGUCUCAGAUUCCAUGUAGACAUAUAUUUAGUCCCAUAUCAGUUAUUCAUUAGAAGA